GCGUUGUUCCAACGGUGGCUAAUGCAACCCUUUACACUGUGGAUGACAAAGAAGCACCUGAAAAAAUUCUGUACAGUACAGUGGUUAAAGUUUCGUGCGCUGAUGGUUUCCAAAGGGAAGGACCUGACAAGUUGACCUGCCAGGUUGACAAAUCUUUCAGUGGAAAUGUUUCUUGUAUCGAUCUGAAUGUCGUGACAUGCCCGACACUUCAUACUGGUUUCGGUACAAUGGACUGUGACACAUCAGUAACUCCUGUAGCGUGCACUUAUUCAUGUCCAAGUGACCAGUUCUUUAACAGUGGCGGUGCACUGACAUCCACAAAGAAGGUCACCUGUAACACAGCAACUGCUGAAUGGUCGCACAUGUCAGCCAGUAACCCACUGGGUGUUUUACCCUCUUGUUCUGACAAAACAGACCCCACGUCCUACCAUCUUACUGCAAAGAUAGGCCUGGCUGGUUCAGACAGUUGUAUUGAUGGCUUAACAGCUGCACUACAAACUGCUUUGGAGAGCAGUAGUGAUGAAGCUUAUAAUUGUAUGGAUAACAAUCAGUGUGCUAUAUCAGGGAGUGCGAAGUGCUCCUCAGAUUCUGAUGGAAAAUUGUCUCUCGAAUUUGUUGUAAAACAAAGUGGAGGAGACCUCAAGACAUCAGCUAUUAUUGAUGCAUUCAACACUCAACUGAAGACUGAUGCAGCUGCAAAGACUUUUACUUUGACUGUUGGUGGUAAGAGACGAAAAACGAGGGCAACAACACUCACAGCAGAUGGAACUGUUGUGUCAACAGCGGAAUCGGGCUGUGCUGCUGGGUCUGGAACUGUAGGAACUUCUUGCAUAAAGUGCCCUGCUGGAGAGUAUGAAAAAGAUGGUGUAUGUACAGCCUGUGCUGUUAACACAUACUCAGAUACUGUUGGAAGUACAAAGUGCAUUGACUGUGCAGAUUCUCUGAAAACUAUCACAACAGGCUCGGACAGUGUCUCUGAUUGUUUGGUCACAUGCACUGUCAAAGAUGUGGCUAAUGGUUUCCGCUCUCCUACCAUUGGAUAUACUGUAUCUGAGGGAACAACGCUAACAACAUUUUGUAAUUCAAAUUACAGUCUAGAAUAUGAAACAACUAACAAGGCUCUAUGUAAGACUGAUACUCAACCAACAUGUUAUAAAAAAUGUGUCAUUCAAAGUGUUGAUGAAAGAGCCACAUUGCAAACAACAACUUUGAAAGCUGGAUCAAUGUUAUCCUACAAAGAGGAGCUAAAGUUUACCUGCUCAAAUAAAGACAAAGAUAUGUUUAAUGUACAAUGUGCAGGAGCAGGAAAUUUGUAUGACAUAUCAUGUCCAAGUAAGAGGAUUUAA